AUGAUGACAAGCAGCGAGGGCGUGGCAUCGCUGACCUCGCAGAUGCCAGCCACUGUACUCUCAACUAUUCAAGCCUUGAAGAAACGCGAGACGCUGGAAGCCGCUCUCGGCGAUUACCUCCAAGAACUUGCAGCUCGCUCACCCACUGAUCUGGACGCCUGCAUCAAGGAAGCUCACGCCCGCCUUGAGCAGGAAGUCAAACCACUCUUGCUGGAUGCAGGCGCUGGGAAGAAAGGUGCUGCGACCGUCUUGAAAGCCUGGUUGGACCAUGGCCGGAGGAUGGUAGAGCAUGCGAGCCCGCAAGAAACGCAUCAGGCCGCGGUCAGGUCGAGUGAAGCUAGCUCGAGCUCUACUGCGAUCCCAAAUGCUGCGAAGGAGACGCAUCCGCCUCGCGCCACGCCUGCAGAGAGGAGGAAAGCGCGGGAAGAGGCGAGGCUCGCAAAGAGGGGUCUCGAUGCGAAUUCGAUCGACCAGCCUGACAGCCAAGUCGACAAUGGCAGCCAGCCUGCCGAUUCUCUAGCGGCCAGAGUGGGCGCCAUCUCUCUCGAAGGCGCAGCUGGCGGAUCAGAUGCGCCAGGAACAGAUGGAGGUCCAAUCAUCACGGCCACCAGUCAAGAGUCGCGAUUUCACACGGAAUCAAUAGUGACGGCAUCGAAAGAGGUGCGCAUGUGUAUGGCCUGACGCAAGGCAGCCAAGUUUUAUCACUGUCUCACGCUGCUUCUCAUCCACAGAUCGAUUUGAAAGACGUCUGCCUGUACGUUGAGCAGCGUCAACUCCUUGUCGAUGCGCAUCUGCGCAUCAAAGCGGGGGUCCAUUACGGUCUGAUUGGACUGAAUGGACAAGGCAAAAGCAGUCAGUACUUCCAUCACAAAGAGAGCAAGUUGCGAGCAUUUGCUCAUCACCGUCGAUGCAUCAUUCAUUUCAAAAACAUCGACAGCUCUCUUUAGAGCACUGGCGGACAAUCUCAUUCCUGGGCUGCCUUCGAAUGUUCGGAUCUUGCUAGUCUCACAACUCGAAUCUGAGAAUGUUGUGCUCAAGGCGCGACAAGCGAAGAUCGAAGCUGAGGACUCAGCAUUGCCAUCGGUGCUAGAAGUUGUCCUUCGUAGCGAUGCUCACCGGCUUCAAUUUGAAAGCGAAUCGGAAGGUGGGUUCGGCCAGGCGCUGUGCUAGGGUGCGAUGCGCUGUGCGCAGAAACUAGCCGCUUGCUUACGCUUCCUCGCAACCUUGCGAUUGCAGACAUCACGGCUGUGCUGGACAAGGGCGACAUGGAUGGCAUCAAGCGGGUACUCUCUGCCAUCGAAUUUAGCAGGGCCUGCGCUGCUCUCGAGGAAGCGCAAAGAAUUGCGAUCAAGCGCAGCGGGGCGAGAGGAGCAGACGCUAGAAAGGCUCUCAUCGCAGCGGAGCGCCUUCACGAGGAGCGCAAGCUCGCGAACAAAAACCACGCAAGCCUGUAGGUCAACUUAUUCCACGCUUUUCAUUGCUUCUUGUGCUCAUCGUUACCUUCGAACACAGUGCAACAUCAGCUCGUGAUUGGCUGGCCGAUGCAACUGUCCUUCAAGAUGAGCUUCAUCAAGCUUUGGAAGAGAUGGAAGCAUCCACAGCCCUAUCUCGCGCCAUGUCCAUCUUGCACGGUCUUGGUUUCUCGGAUAGUCAGAUCUCCGGACCUUUCACUGCUCUGUCCGGAGGUUGGAGGUCCAGGGUAUCUUUGGCGUCAGCUUUGCUCAAGUCUACCGACGUGCUACUGUUAGAUGAACCAGUCAACUUUUUGGAUCUCCCGAGUCUUCUCUGGCUAGAAGGCUUCAUCGCCCAAUGCAGCUCGGCUGUCAUUACUGUUGCUCACGAUCGAGAGGUGAGCUGCGCACACUUUUUCUCUCUCUUCUACGCUGGCCUGUGCAGUUGAGUUGAUCCAGGCGAACGUUUUAUUCGGUAGUUCUUGGACGCGGUUUCCGAUGAGCUCAUUGUGCUACGCAAGGAGAGACUGACAUACUUCGAUGGCAAUCUCACUGAGUACGAAAGGUGAGGAUCGCACCGGGCGCGACGUACUCCCAUUGAGUGUGCUGAUGAAUGAAGACCCCGUCCGUGCAGGGAAACGAGAAGAGCUUUCAAGCUGGCUUCGAAGCAGCAAGACGUGCUUGACAAAAAGCGGCAAGUGGUGGAGAAGAGCAUCUCGGAAGCUACCCGCAUCGCCCGCAAGACAGGAGACGAGAAGAAGCAGAAGAGCGCAGCCAUCAGGCAGCGCAAGCUUGAUGAGAGGUGGGGCCUGGAAGUGAAUGCGAAGGGGCACCGAUUCAAGGUACGGUACAUUUGUGCUCUUGCGCAAUCUAUAGUCGUAUAUGUACUCGCAGCGCUGACUUGCUCUUCCUACACCCCUUCCCAUCGCUACAGCUGAAUAGAGAUUUUGGAGGCUAUCAUCUUACUGCACGCGGCGGACCAGAAAUAGACACGCCAGACAAGGAGGUCAUGUGGAAGUUUGAGGAUCCCGAGCCCCUCAGAUUCCCUGGAUCGCUCGCUCAUUUGGAUCACGCGGAUUGUGGGCAUGCCAAAAGAAGCGUGCUGCGCGACGUCAAUCUGACGAUAGAGCCCGGCGAUCGCGUGGCGUUGGUUGGACCUAACGGGCACGGCAAGGUGCGUAGGGAAAGGCUCCCGAUGGGGCGCCCGGAGGGUAUCCGCGCUCAGUAAAGCCUAACGAUGCUUCUCAUCUCAGACGACCCUUGUGAACGUAGUACUGGGCCGUCUUGCCCCUGCCACUGGCACAUCUACGCAUCAUUCCAGGCUUCGAUGGGGCCUGUACGCUCAGCACACGGUCGCGUCUCUCUCCACCGAGAGCCGCACAGCCUUGCAAUACCUGCUCGACCUUGCAGCUUCUCGUGCGUCCUCGGUCUCUGGGUCUGGCGCUACUCUGAGCGAAGGUCAAGCAAGAGGUCUGUUGGGAAGGAUGGGUCUGCCGGGUCGAUUUGCAGAUACGAUGCCCGUCAAUGCCUUAUCGGGAGGUCAAAAAGUCAGGUGCGGCCUAUUAGCUACCAUGUGGGAUGCUCCUGACCUUGUGGUCUUGGACGAAGUGACGAGUGAGUCAGAGCUGUGCGGGGACCCUUUGGGAGUUAUGGAGGUGCAUGCAAAAUCUGCAAUCCUCGCUGACCGCCUUCUUGGGCCCUUUUGUGCAGCUCAUCUGGAUAGCGAUUCUAUCAACGCACUGAUCAAGGCCUUGAAGCGCUACACUGGUGCCAUUCUGCUCGUCUCACACGACCGCAUGGCCGUCAAGCGGAUAGUGGAGGGUGCACCAUCUCCCAUUUCCUCUACCUCUGCCGAUGAAGACGAAGUUUCCAGCAGCGAAGAUGAAGACGGAGAAGAGCCUGGAGUGAUUGGGCGAGGGUCUGCUCAUCGCGGACGAGUCUAUCUCGUCGAGAAUGGCUCUUGCGAUCUUCUCGAAGGCGGUAUGGAUGAGUACGUACGCAGAGUGGAGAGACGAGUUCGAUGA